AAAACCAAAUUCAAAACACGCUAGCUCCUACUCCUCCCCCCCUUUCCAUGGCUGUGAAUAAUACAACAGCGAGCAGAAAAGAAAUGGAUCGGAUCAAAGGUCCGUGGAGUCCUGAGGAGGAUGAUUUGCUCCAGAGGUUGGUCCAGAAGCACGGUCCCAGGAACUGGUCCUUGAUUAGCAAAUCGAUUCCUGGCCGAUCCGGAAAGUCGUGCAGGUUGCGCUGGUGUAACCAGCUUUCGCCGCAGGUGGAGCACCGUGCGUUUACUCCGGAAGAGGAUGAGACCAUAAUCCGAGCACAUGUGCGUUUCGGGAACAAGUGGGCGACAAUCGCUCGACUUCUCAACGGCCGCACCGACAACGCCGUGAAAAACCACUGGAACUCGACUCUUAAGCGGAAGUGCUACUCGACGGGGGAGGAUGGGAAUUUUGGAAGCGGCGUGGGAUAUGAUGGUAAUUUGAUGGGGGAGCACCAGCAGCCGUUGAAGAGAUCGGUGAGCGCGGGCUCUGGUUGCCCUGUGUCCACUGGGCUGCACAUGAGCCCAGGUAGCCCAUCAGGGUCCGAUGUGAGCGAUUCUAGUGUCCCAGUUUUGUCUUCAUCGCACUUGUUCAGGCCCGUGGCGAGGACCGGCGGAGUUAAUGUGGAUGUUAAUAUAACGGCGGCAGUGGAGACGACUUCUUCGUCCAACGAUCCGCCUACAUCACUGAGCCUGUCUCUACCCGGCGCCGACUCAUCUGAGGUGUCAAACCAUGCCCGAGAGUCAGCUCCAACAAAUAGCACGAACUCAAAUGCUAAUACUAAUAUAAGCCCUGUUAUUACCCCAACAGUCAAUCAAAGCGGAGGGAGUGGGGUUUUGGGUUUCAGUGCGGAAUUCAUGGCGGUGAUGCAAGAGAUGAUAAAGGUGGAGGUGAGGAACUACAUGCUGCAGUUGCAGCCGCAGAAGCAGGGUGGUGGGGUUGGCGGUGGUAUGUGUAUGCAGUUGGGUGGUGAUAGUGGGUUUAGGGAUGUUAUGACCAUGAACCGACUGGGCAUUAGUAAGAUCGAGUAGCAAUCUUGUUAAUGGUAGAGAGAGAGAGAGUAAACCGUUGCUCUGUUUUUUCCUUCUCUUCUUGUUUAGGGAAAAUAAAUUUUGGCGAGUGUACAGUUAAGAGCUGGUAAAGGGGAAGGGGAAGGGGAAGGAGGGAGAUGGUGUGGUUUCAUGGAAGGUGAAAGAAGCUUGGAACUUUACCUGUUUCUGGCCUUGUAAGCAGAAAGCAAAGAAAAUGCUAGAAAAAAAGAGAAGGAAAAAUGUUUUAAAAAAAUUGUGAAAUUUCAAUAUAAGUGUCUAAUCCUUUUUCUUCACAUCAAAAGUUUCCAAACCGAACUUUCUUCCUUAAUGUGAUUGUGUAGAAUUUAACAUGAAUUUUCACUGAGCUGAAAACAAGACCAGUUUCUGAUAUACAGAAAUAACUCUAUUGCUGACGCGGUUGGAGAUGGUGGUGGUUUUUCUUUUGCAUUUGUUUGAAGUUGGAACAAUAUGGAAUGCAAUCUUCUUCGGCAGCCUGCAGGGGAUAUGCUGAAUUCUCUGCUCUCUUGUCUUGUGUAAUUUUGAAUGAGACGUGGUGGGUCAUUACCAUAAAGACAGAAAAGAUAAGGGACUAGAAUUGGAAAUUUCAUACUAUUAGGUUUGGUUUCUUUCUUAUCAGUUAUUACUGGUCUAUAACGAGGUCAACAGAAAAUAUCUUGGAUGGAUGAAUGCAAUCCAAACCAACAAGUUUGAUAGGUGCAGGUGUUCUAGACCUAAAGAUCAAAUUAAAAAUAAACCUAACUCUUUAGACCUUAAUUGUUGAAGGUUGUUGGUCGGUGGUAAGUUAGGAUGAGAACACAUGGAUGGUUCGGACAGAAGUGGUUGGGACGGUAGUAAGAGCAGUUAACAGUUAGAAAAGAACAUUGAUUUUUUGUUUUACCCUAGGCCAAACCCGAUUCAGAUCUGUAUGAAUAAAGUGAUUUCGUUUUA